AUGGUUCGGCCCAUCACACUUCGUGGCCUCCCACGGCUGGCCUCCGUCAACAGCGUACCCCGGAGGAAUCUAGGGGGUUUGGCUAAUUUUCGAGUUCCUCCUAUCCGCAACGAACCAAACCCCUCGUACGGCAAGGGUUCGAUCGAACGCCAAAAGCUUGAAGAUGCCUUGAAGAGGCUGCAGAGCCAGACUCCGGUGUCUGUGCCCCUUUCUGUUGGAUCUGAGCGGGUCUCUUCCAACGCCGCUCAAACUCAAGGAAACCCUUCAUCACACGCCAGCCCCAUUGCCACGUACAGCGAGGCCUCUGCAUCACAGGUAGAGGAUGCAAUCGAGAAGGCAUUGCAGGCCAAACCGGCAUGGGAGAACAUGUCAUUCACCAAUCGAGCAGCUAUCUUCCUACGGGCAGCCGACCUGGUUUCGACCAAGUAUCGGUACGACAUUAUGGCCGCCACGAUGCUCGGCCAGGGCAAGAACAUCUGGCAGGCCGAGAUUGACGCUGCUGCUGAGACCUGUGACUUUUACCGAUUCAACGUGCAUUAUGCCUCCGAGCUGUACAAGCAGCAGAACACCAUGAAUGACGCCGGCAUGUGGAACCGCCUCGAAUACCGCCCCUUGGAAGGAUUCGUCUACGCCAUCAGCCCCUUCAACUUCACAGCCAUCGGCGCAAACCUCAUCGCCGCCCCAGCCAUCAUGGGCAACGUCGUGAUCUGGAAACCCUCCGACUACGCCAUCUACUCUGGAUACCUGCAAAAGAAGAUCCUCGAGGAGGCCGGCCUCCCACCCAACGUGAUCCAAUUCCUCCCUGGAAACCCCAAGACCGUCACCGAUGCUGUGCUUCAGCACCCACAGUUCGCGGCCCUACACUACACCGGCUCCACUGAGGUCUUCCGCGACCUGUACGGCCAGAUUUCAGACCGCGUGCGCGAAGGCCACUAUACCAGCUACCCGCGCAUUGUCGGCGAAACCGGCGGCAAGAACUUCGGCGUUGUCCACGCCAGCGCGGACAUUCGUAACGCGGUCGUGAAUACCGUCCGCGGUGCGUUCGAGUAUCAGGGCCAGAAGUGCUCUGCGACUUCGAGGCUGUAUGUGGCGGAGUCGGCGUGGCCUGAGUUUAAGAAGCAGCUGGUCCAGGAGACCGAGAAGUUGAAGAUGGGCGAGCCCGAGAAAUUCGACCAUUUCAUCGGGCCGGUUAUCCAUGAGAGAUCCUGGAACAAGCUAGACAAGGUGAUUCAGGGCGCGAAGAAAGAUUCCCAGGUGACUCUGCUCGCUGGUGGCGAGACGAGCCGCGAGGCAGGGUGGUUUGUGCGCCCGACGGUGUUCCAGGUCGAUGAUCCUUCGCAUGCGCUGAUGAAGGACGAGUUCUUUGGUCCUAUCCUCUCCGUGUAUGUGUACCCGGACAGCAAGUUCGAGGAGACUUUGUCGCUGGUGGAUUCGACGACUAAGUUCGGGUUGACUGGCGCGGUGUUUGCUAAGGAUCGCGAGGCCAUUGAUACUGCGGAGCGAGCCCUCCGUCAUUCGGCUGGUAACUUCUAUAUUAACUGCAAGUCGAGUGGCGCGGUUGUUGGGCAUCAGCCGUUCGGUGGCUCUCGUGCUAGUGGAACAAACGACAAGGCGACCAGUACCAAUCUCGUGUCUCGCUUUACCAGUAUCCGCAGCAUCAAGGAGGACUUCCAGCUGGCUGAUGAGGUGACCUAUCCCUCGAAUGAGGUUUAA